CUUGGAAGCAAUAUCUCGGUCAAGCAUGCAGUUUAUAACAUUUAGUCAAUAGGCCACGCACAUAUUUAUCAGAGCACAAGUAUCACCGGGGUAGCACAACGGGACGUUUAUACAUGGUGUAGAAUGUUAAAUGCCUUAUUUUUCGGAAGACCAUGGUUUACGGAGCGAUAGUGGGAAUGGUUUGCUCUGAGAUCCUCGGGGCGCUUUGGUACCACCCCAGGGUUUUCGGCAGUGCCUGGAUGAGGACCGCCUACCCCGGUAGGACAGAGCCGGAGAUACAAGCAGCCGUAGGAGCGAGCAAGGCGAUGACUCUCGUCGUUCUGACCAACGGUCUGCUGUGCUUCCUCAUCAAUUUUGCGCUGGGUCCAUUACUGAGAUCUGGAUCUUGUGUGGAUGCCAUCGUAAGAGGCGUUUUAAUCUCCAUGGUGGUCAUCCUGAUUGACAUAUCACAUUGCCUGUUUUCUGCUCGUUCAUUGGUGGGAUUUGUAAUUGACCGUGCUUACGAUACCUGCAUGAUCAUUUUGAUCUGCGUCUGCAUUGCAGCCAUUGGUUGAAACUAACGUUAUGAAGGUCUGCAGAUUUCACAGAACCGAAUGUCUUUAUUUUCUUUGAGUGGGACUGAGUAUUGAAGCAGGAAGCCUACAGUUGAGAAUAAAAGUGCCAUAUAUUAAACUGUUUAGAUAUUUUCAGAAUUUAGUUCAGUGUUUUGUUUUUUUUGGUAUGUAGCAUCAUAUGCAAAUACUCAUGUAUAUUUUCAGUUCAAAAGAAUUUUGAUUAAAUAAUUUUUAAAGUUAA